AUGUCCAGCCUACCAACAAAGUCGGAUAUUGAGUGGAUGGAAGCUCAUAUCAAUGAUACAAGAGUUCCCGGGAUUAUCAUUUGCUGUGCUGUCUGUGCUGCAUCGUCUGUUAUCGUUUUGGCACUCCGGAUCUGGUCACGGCUACAGACAGUCCGCAAGCUCGUAUUCAACGAUUACCUAUUUAUUGGGUCCGUGAUAUUUUAUAUUACAUUCUGUGCCAUAUUCGCCUCAUCGGUUCGCUAUGGCGCCGGAAAGCAGAUUAUCCUCAUCAUGUAUAAGCCAGCCAAAUUACGCAUGCUAGCAAUCCUUAAUAUCUUGAAUCCGAUCUUCUAUGGCAUGGCCACGGCUUUGGUUAAAUGGAGUAUUCUCGCCUUGUAUGUUUCCAUCUUCCCGCAGAAGAUAUUCCGGUUAUGGUCGCAUUUCAUCGCCGUGGUAAAUAUGCUCAAUGCUCUUGCAAUCGUCCUGGUCGGAUGUCUUCAAUGCCGUCCUAUCGAAGCCCUCUGGGAUUCCACAAUAUCAGGGACAUGCAUCGAUUUUGGGAACUUCAGUCUAUUCAACACAUGCUUCAACCUUGUUCUUGAUUUGGUGAUUUUGAUAUCGCCUCUUGGACUGGUCAUGAAGCUUAACAUGUCGAGACGCAAAAGGGUCUUUCUGGGCCUCAAUUUUGCGCUGGGCGGAGCCGCCUGCGUCGUCGCUUCAAUUCGAAUUCCCUACGCUCACCUGGUGGGGGGCACUUCCAACCCAAGCUGGGAUAUGAUCCCAGGUGGCUUGCUCUGUAUCGUCGAGGUUGCUGUUGCCCUUCUCUGUUCAUCGAUUCCCACGUACCGACCUCUGUUAAAGCGCAUUAGCAAGGGCAAUUCAAGUGGUGGUUCGUUGGAUAAAGGAUACUCUGCUGGCAGCCAUCUUGGGAGUAGGGGUGGGCAGCUCAACACCCGCGUCAGUUCUAGCGGUCGGCAUUUAUCUCAUCGAGGGGGUAUCAACAUCACCGAGAAUAUCAGCAUGAAGACGCAGACAUUUCAUAAUGGUCAUUGGACAGUAAUGCCAGAGGACGAUGACCAGGCCUACUUAGUACAUGACAACGAUUUAGCACGCUCGACGACGAGUACCGUCAGUCAUGUAUAA